AUGGAAGCCGCCCUUCUCAUAGAGAAGAACAUGAAUCAAGCCCUGUUGGAUCUGCAUGGCCUGGCCUCUGCCUGUGGAGACCCCCACAUCUGUGACUUCCUGCAGAACCACUUCCUAGAUGAGGAAGUCAAACUCAUCGAGAAGAUGGGUGACCACCUGACCAACCUCCGCAGGCUGGCUGGUCCCCAAGCUGGGUUGGGCGAGUAUCUCUUCGAGAGGCUCACCCUCAAGCACCACUAG